GCUAUCGGAUUCGCCACGCUGCACGACUCGGGCGGAGUCUCCCGUCUCGGAGACGCCACCGUCGCCUUUCGUCCUUGGCCGAAGCUUGUCCGCCGAGAAAAGCGCACCGUGAGUCGUGCCGCAGCGAUAAGAGGACGUCUCGGCGGGAGUGUGCACCUCGCGCCUUGUUUCUGGGGGCCAGCAUGCGUCGACGAGUGGGCAUCGUGGGCUUCGGCCAUCUGGGGCAGUACCUGGCGGCCGAACUGCAACGGAGGACCGACGAGGUCGAGCUCGUCUUCGUCUGGAGCAGGGGCAGGGUGCAGGGACUGCCGCAGCACCUCGUGCUCGAGGACCUGGCACACGCGGCGUCGCGAAGGCCGGACCUGGUGGUCGAAGUGGCCCACCCGGCCGUGGCCCGAGCCCACGGGGAGCAGCUGCUGCGCCACAGCGACCUGCUCCUAGGCUCGCCGACGGCCCUGGCCGAGCCGGACACCGAGGCGCGGCUGCGGGCGGCCGCGUCCCGCCACGCCCUCUGGGUGCCGUGCGGGGCCCUGUGGGGGCUGCACGACAUCCGGGCGCUGGCGGACAGGGCGCAGCUGGCACAGCUUACCGUCACCAUUGCCAAGCACCCUUCGGCACUCAGACUCGUCGACCCGGACAUGCGCAGUCGCUGCGAGGCUGCCGCCACCAGACCCGUGCUGCUCUACGACGGUCCCGUGCGCGGGCUGUGCCCCCUGGCGCCGAACAACGUGAACAGCAUGGCGGCGGCCGCCCUUGCGGCGCACACGCUGGGCUUCGACGGCGUCCGUGGCCGUCUGCUGGCGGACCCUGGCUUGGCGGACUUCCACACGCUCGAGGUGGAGCUUGUGGGCCCCAGCGAGCCGGACGGCCGCACCUUUAAAGUGCACACCGUACGCCGAAACCCAUCGGACAAGGGCGUUGUGACCGCCAGCGCCACCUACGGGGCCUUCUUGGGUAGCGUGCUCGAAGCGGCCAAGGGCCGGGGACCAGGGCUGCAUUUUUGCUGAGCAUGAGCAGGAGCCGUUCUCAAGAUUCGUCGCCAUGCGCGGCAACGCUCUCUUAGCUGCUUCGCUUAUUCGAGCAAACAAAUAAAAUUUUAUUUACUACACAUAUACGUAAGGGUUAAUUGUGAUGCGUGCAUUAAAGGAUCGGUGAAUAGGAACUCAAGAAUGU